GUUUAUUUGAUGCGUAAAUUGAUAUCUUCUCUUUCCUCGCGCCUCAGCUUUUUUGCCUAUCGCAAGAUUGCUCUAUUUCGACCUUGUAGGACCCUGCAAAUCCCAGCCCAGAGAGUGGGUGACGCACGGGGCUGUAUUAGCGGGAGGCGCAUCACGGACCCUUAACAACUCCGAACUUUGAAUAUCGACGAGACCAAACAAGAAAGGAACAAGUACAGUUACAGUUACAGAAGAGUUACGGGUAAACAGCAAAUCACUGGACAAUCAGUGUUUAAUUGUUGCUUUGUCAUCAUCUAUUAUACUACAGCACUCGAAUCAAAAGCAAUUUUAUCCUCAACUUCAAACCAGUCCAAAAGGAUCAAUACCCUUGCUACUCCCAGACAACGGCGCCAAUCAUUCGACGCUCGCUCCAACAUCGUCAGCUCCGAGAGGCAGAAACGUACCAAGACCAACCAACAUCACCGUUCGCUUCUGAAACCGUGAUAGUAAUUGCAUUGGAUCCUCGGCGCCUUCCCAUUUGAGCCUUAAUUUCCCUAGAUCUUCAACUUUUCGAGUCACAACUUGACCUCAACAACUUUGUUAUUCCUCAUCAACCAAACACCGCUAUAACUCUAGGCAUCAUCUCGCCUCCUGUUCGAAGAAACCCCCCGAUUCCUCCACCCCUAGAGUCGCCCGCUGUGGCGCGAGCUUCCAACACAGCCAUGAAGUCCAUGAAGGGUCUUGGUAUGAGCAAGGUGCUCGGUAGCAUCAGAAGAAAAGCCAGCAAUGUCUCCAAUCGUACGUGUUCUCAUGCGCGCUGCCUUGCGAUCAACCUCUUUGGUUUCGGGCAGCCCAAAAUAAACACAGCACACGUCCAGAGCUGACAAUUCAUAGGAGCAUCUGACGGACCCUCCGGAACUUCACCUUCAGGCACGACACCAGCCGGAACACCCGAGGCUACAGCUCACAACAGCGUGGUAUGUCCCUAUAUUAUCGCGCAUCCUGCGAAACCGUCCGUGUCGUCCGUCUGGCCAUCGCUGACCAGAGCCUAGAAAGCAUUUUGCGAGUCUGGAGGAAAGUCCAAGCAAGACGAAGUUCUCUUUCUACCUCCCAUCGUCGAUGCCGCCGAAUCCUCCCCAGCCGCUGCCGCAGAAUGCGCGCGCCUGAUCCGCAAGUACCUGUCCAAAGAGUACUUUUCAAAGCCAUCAUGGCAGUACAACGCAAUCAUGCUCUUGCGCAUCUUGACCGACAACCCCGGCGCGACUUUUACGCGGAACCUAGACCAAAAGUUCGUCGAUACUGCGCGAGGACUCCUCAAGGCUGUACGAGACCCCAGCGUGCGCCAGAUCUUUAUGGAAACACUCGAUGAUUUCCAGCACACCAAGGCGUACGACGAAAACUUGACUUUGCUCACUUCAAUGUGGCAAAAGGAGAAGGAACAAGCUUAUAAGAACUUUGGUGGACCGCAGCAACCCAUGAUGUCGCCAGGCGGUUAUAACACCCCUCCUCCAAACCCACACUCGCAGAAUUACUUUGCGAGACACCACACGAACAAGCGCUUGCCUGACCCCAUUGAGCUGGCUAGCCGACUCGAAGAAGCCCGAACAUCAGCUAAGCUCCUGGAGCAGGUUGUCAUGAAUACGCCUCCCGGCGAGAUUCUCGACAACGAGCUUAUCAAGGAGUUUGCUGAUCGAUGCUCAAGCGCAUCCCGCAGUAUCCAAGGCUACAUGACGUCCGAGAAUCCCACUCCUGAUAACGACACGAUGGAGAAUCUCAUCGACACCAAUGAGCAGCUGCAAACUGCGCUCAACCAGCACAAGCGAGCUGUCCUGAGUGCCCGAAAACAAUUGGGUUUGAACGAACGAUCCGACUCACAGUCGCCCAGUUUGACCCCUCAAAUUCAGCCUCAGCAGCAGUCAGAGUCUCAACCUGAGACCAACGGCAACAAUCACUACUUCAACAACGGAUCUGGGUCAGGUUCCGGCAAGGGUAAAGAGACGCAUUCUUACCCACCACCUCCAGGUCCUCCACACCAGACUGGUGAGGGAAGUUCGAACCGACCCUACGAAGAGUCCGCCGAGAACCCCUUUGCAGACCCUCAGCCAGGCAAUUCUUCCUCGGUCCAACCACCAUCCAACACAGCGACUCAGUACUCCGAACACGAACGCCUUGCAUACGAGCCCUUCCAUCCUGGCUUCAAACCCACGGAAAGUUAUCUGGGCCGACAAGACAGCGCCGUUGGUAAGGUCCACAUGCACGGUGCUGGAGCUUCAACACCAUCAGCCCAGCCGCCCGCACAGCAACGACUCGACGAAGUCUCCGACGACGAUGACAUCUACGAUGCGCCAAGUGGACCACCUCCCAAGAGCAAGGAGCCUAUAUACCGGUACUAGAGGCGAUGUUAGGAAUGGAGAAAUGCGCACGAUGAUUGCUGUCUAUAAUCCAAGCGCCGCAGUUUACUGGAAUUACUAGAAUGUGCUGCGUUGCUUCAGCUUGAGAUGUCAACGGCCUGGGUCGAGUAACCCCAAAUUUGUGAGGAAUGGACUCUUUUGGAAAGGUGGAAUUGUGUUUCUGGAUCGACAUUCUUGUGUUAUCGUCCAUGCAUGAAAUAGUUUGGCGCGGCGAAAGGGCAGAUUCCCAUAGCGUUCUUUACUUGUUGUACCUAUCGUAUCGUUAAUUGCGUCAAGGCAAGGGCAUCAAUACCCGUUCUCAGCCCUUAGGACGACUUGUUCUUGAUCCUAUGUCUCGGUCAGUGUUUGAAGUUGAGGUGGAAUUUAUCACCUUCCCUCAUCAAGUUCCAAUAUGAUAUGUAUUUGAGAACUGUCGCUAUUAGGACGACAAAGAGACAGGACAUGUUUCAACCCGAAGCAUCUCCGAGAUCGAAAAGGUCGCGGUACCCAAAGGUCAAUUCGCAAAUUCAAGAGGUAUCCAAUCGUGCCACGUUCCCCUCAGCCGGUUCGGAAUUGGUUAUAGCAAAGUGUGGUUACUUUCACGAACGCUGCGUGGCCCAUGAUCCACCAGGUCGGAGCCUUGGAACCUGCUGACAUCAAGUAUCGACGUCGGGCAGACAGAUCUAGAGUCAUGCAUGCCUGUUUAGGGUUCACUGCAGAUGCAAAUCUCAGGUUUAUGGUCUCGAGUCUCGGACUCGACAGCGUGGCUAAGGUAUCUCUUGCUUGUCGUU